ACAAUAAAUUAUAAACAAUGGAGUUAACUUGUCAUUUACCAUAUUGUUUCUUAUCAGAAUAGUUAACAAGGAAUAUAUCUCACUCAUAUAAUUUAAAUUUGUACUUUGGUCGAAAGUGUUUUGGAAUAGGAUAUAAUUUUUAAAAGUUAUAAAUUCUUUCGUUUGUACAAUAUACUUCAGGAAUGCCAGACGUUAAAAUCACGCAGCACAUGCUUAAUAAUAUCGAAUACGAUCGUGAUUACUCUGUGCAAAGUCAAAAAGUUUCUGGAAAGAUGGCUGACGUUGGUUGCAAAUGCACACCAACGGUUUUAAUUGUUGGUGAUAGAGCUGAUUUAAAUGCUGCUGCUUAUCAUUUAGCACAAUCAUUGCAAUCCCCAUUAGCUACUGAGGUUAUAAUUACUGUGCUUGUGGCUGAGUCGAUCCGUAAAUCAUUUUUGGAGCGCUUACAGUCGCAACUCAAAGCGAUUCCGGCUGAAGCUGCGCAGGAUGUAGAACGAAAUAGAGUUUUAGCUUUGAUAAACAAGAACAGUUGGGAGACCAUAUCUGUCAACGAGUUGGGAGCCAAUUCACCAGUGAUCGUAUGCGAUGUGACCCAUGAGCAUUUGGGAACCGGUUACAAUGGAAUUGCCACGCUACACACUUUUCGCACUGUACAGGAAGCAAUUAGCUUAUGUGGAAAAGAAACAUUAAAAGCCGUUAACGCAUCCAUUUGGACAAGUAAUCACGCAAGUGCCUAUGAAAUAGCAUUAAAGAUUUCUUGCGAGAAUGUAUUUAUUGACUGCCAUCAAAUAUCUUUGGAACCAUUGCACAAGGCCUCUUCAGCUCCCGGUAAUGCGAAUUGUGCAUUGAUUGAAAAUAAUUAUCACUACGAAACACUAAUAUUAAAUAAUGGAAGGAAAAAUAUAGUAUUCCCAAUUGGGACCACUAUUACCAAUUAAAGGAUAUGCGAAAGAUCAGAUAAGGCCUUGGAUACGGUAUUUGUAACUGUUUAGUGCCUUUUCGAAAUUUUGUAACUAACUUUUAACAAUCCACAAUAUUAAUAAAUUCUUUUAUAAAUCUUUGGUUGUUUUUGAAAAAAAAGACAAACGGAAAUUUUUGUGUCUAAAAUACAUAUAUCUGUAUGAAGAAUUAUAUUAACUCCAAUUUAAACUCCUUAUAAAAUUUGAUAUAGAUUUGGGCUUAUAUACUAACCGGAUUAACUAUAGUCUUAUAAGAGUUCUUACACAGAUCUAAAUAAUAAUUAAUGAGAGGCUGGCAACUCUAUAGAAUCAGCUGUUUAUGCUAUUCAACUAGUUUUCCUUUCUCUUUUCUGUUGAUUUUUUUAUUAUAAACAAAAUUUUAUUCGUGUUCAUUGAAUUUAGUCAAGUUCUUAAGCUGGUUGUGUGUAAUGUGUUUACUAAUUUUUAAUUGUGUUUUGAUAAGUUUUAACUAGUCGAUUGGUGAUAAGCUAAAAAUGUUUCGCACAAAGAAUUCGCGUGGCGUCACUACUGCCGUAGAUGUAGGUGCUGGAUUUGUUCGCAAUUAUGCAGCGGAAGAUUAUGAUGAUGACGACAACACUUUCCAUAAUAACGCAGACAGCAAUCGCAGAGCAGCCAACAGUAAUGAAGAUAGCGAAGUUUCCGACACAAAUGAAGGGAGCUCUGUAGAUACGCCUCUUAUUAGUGGAGUUGAAGAUGAUGGCGAAUUUCCUAAAGCUCGACAUAUUUUCGGUUUAAUGGGUUUUCUUGGUUUCGCAGUAGUUUAUGCAAUGCGCGUUAAUUUGUCUGUAGCUAUUGUGGCUAUGGUAAAUCAAACAGCAAUACCUCAAGAUAAUUCCACCAGCGUCGAUGAUACGUGCCCAGUACCAACACCAACUAACACUACUACACCAUCUAAGGAGGGAGAUUUUUUGUGGGAUGAGGCCACUCAGGGUCUAGUUUUAGGAUCGUUCUUUUACGGUUAUGUGCUGACGCAAGUACCUGGCGGUCGAUUAGCAGAGCUAAUGGGUGGAAAACUGAUUUAUGGCUAUGGUGUAUUAAUAACUGCAAUUUUUACUCUCCUAACACCUAUCGCCGCAUAUUGGGAUUUACCAAUGCUAGUGAUUGUUCGUGUGUUAGAAGGCAUGGGCGAAGGUGUCACCUAUCCAGCGAUGCAUGCAAUGUUAGCACACUGGAUUCCACCCCUCGAGCGGAAUAAAUUCGCCGCCAUUGUAUAUGCUGGUUCUAACAUAGGUACAGUGAUUUCAAUGCCACUAACGGGAUGGCUCUGCUCUUUGGAGUUUCUCGGAGGAUGGCCCUCAGCAUUUUACAUAUUUGGCUUACUUGGCAUAGUAUGGUUUAUAUUUUGGAUGUAUCUCGUGUACGACAAGCCAAGCGUACACCCGCGUAUAUCUUACAAAGAGCGUGAUUAUAUAGAGCGCAGUAUUCGAACAAUGCAACCACGCAAUUAUGAUGAAUUGUUGUCCGAAACCGAAAAUGAUGUAAUACAAACAACGAAUGAGGUGAUACCAUGGAGUUCCAUUUUCACAUCGCUGCCGUUAUGGGCAAUCUUAAUAACACAAUGCGGACAAAGUUGGGCCUUUUAUACUCAAUUGACCGAACUACCCACCUAUAUGAGUAAUAUUCUGCACUUUGACAUCCAAUCGAAUGCAAUGUUAAACGCGAUACCUUACUUCACGAGCUGGAUAGUGGGCAUUGUGUGUUCCGGUUUGGCCGAUUGGAUGUUGGAACGUCGCUAUAUUUCUCUACUCAACUCGUACAAAUUAUGGAAUUCAAUAGCGUCCAUUAUACCAUCGAUUGGACUUUUAGCCACAGGUUAUGUGGGCUGCAAUUGGGUAUGGGUUACAGUGAUGUUGGCCGGUGUUGGUUCCUUUGGAGGCGCAGUAUACGCAGGCAAUCAAAUGAACCAUAUUGCGCUAAGUCCACGCUAUGCGGGCACUAUGUAUGGCCUUACUAACUCGGCGGCCAACAUAUGCGGCUUCUUAGCCCCGUAUGUGAUUGGACUAAUAAUAAACCAUCAUGAGACACUAGCACGAUGGCGUAUUGUAUUCUGGCUGGCGACAGCAGUAAAUAUCGGUGGAAAUUGCAUCUAUUUAAUAUUCGCUAGCGCCACUGAACAGAGUUGGUCACGAAAUCCGCGUCUUGCUACAGCCAACACCAUCCGUUCCUAAAUUGAUGUCUUAAAUUGGCAUUUGGUUAAAUUGAGAAAACAAUUCCGUGAUACACGAUUGGAUGCUAUUAUUUCUUGAGUACCUACGCAAAUGUGUGAUAAUUUAAUAUUUCCAUUUUAACGAAGGAAUUCUACAAGCUGUGUGAAUAUAUCUAUGAAUAAUAUAAUACCAAAAAUUACACACAAAAAAAAAAAAAAAAAUCAAACUAUAACUACCAAUUGAGUAAAGUGCUCAAAUUUAUAAUUCCUUAGUUUGUAUGUAUUGAAACUAUUUAUAUAAAGUCUGUGGUAUAAUUUUACGUUGUAAUCGUUUCCAUCAUUCAUAAAAAAGAAUAAUUGGAAUUGAAAAUUCACUAUAAACUAUAUUACUUUUUCUUUGAAAGUAUGUUAGGAUAUAAGUUCCUUUAUAACUGAUGACAACGAUAAAUCAUUCCAGUUAUUCUAUGUAAGUUUUAAACAAAAUAAUAAUUUAUGCUGUUAAUAAAGUGAAACUGUGCUCUUGUAAAAAAUAUAUAUAAAAUUGCAUUCAAUAA